AUGUUUAACAGGAAGUAUGCUAAGGAUGCCAGGAAGAAAUAUGUGAAUGAUGUCAGAAGAAAGCUUGUUGUCUCCAACACAUCUGGCUUUGCUGGCAACACGAGUGAAUUCUUUUUAGGGCAAGCAGGCGGCGACCCUGACUUCCAAGCACAACUGAUACAAUUUUACGUGAAGAUGAGCAAGUUGAACCCACUUGCUUGUGAUUGCGGACACCAACCAGUGAGUGAUUUGAGCCUACAGCAAUACAAUCUGGUGGUGAAAGGGCACAAGUUCCGAGAUAGUGGCAAACUGAAGCGGGCUAUGGCGGCAUACAAGGAGGCGGCAGUGUUGGGCAAUGCGGAGGGCCAAUACGACCUUGCCUGUCUUACUGGUAACAACAAAAAAUUGUUACGCUGGGCCAGAGAAGCGGCUGAACCGAAACCAUAUUUCAAAAUUGGUGGCUCAAAAGUACACUUGGAUAUCGGUGACGUAGAAGUCGAGAACCUUAUGGGUAAACGCAUACAGGGACAGCAGGGGGAGCGAAUCUAG